AGAUGCUCUGUCCUGUAAGAUGUUCUGUCCUGUCUACAUCGAGUUCAUGAGAUGCUCUACUCUUCUGCAUCAAGUUCAUAAGAUGCUCUUUCCUGUCUGCAUCGAGUUAAUGAGAUGCCCUACUCUUCUGCAUUGAGUUCAUAAAGUGGUUCCUCUCUAUCCUGGGCUUCAUCAUCAAUAUCGACACGUUGAUGUCAAUGGUUCCUGUGCUGCUUGAAGGACAGCGAUAUGUCCUGACCUACAGGUUCAGCCAGGACCACUUGGAGCUUCUCUUUAACUCCAUCAGAGCAUCCGGUGGCUGGAAUAACAACCCUAAUGCCAGCCAGUUCAAGUACAUCUUCCGAAAGCUGAUGGCCCGGUGUGGGGUUGUUAAACCAAGCAGCAAAGGCAAUGUGACUGCACAGGAUGACACAGAGUCCCUACCAGCUGUAGCAAUGUCCUCUGCUGCCCAGUCCUACCACAUCGACACAUCUACAAACCUGUCAGCUGUAGAUAUGUCCUCUGCAGAACAAAGAGAAGAUCUUCCAUCCCCGUUUGCUGACAUUCCUGCCCUUGUACAUGACCACAGCUACCUUCCCACCCGCUUCGAUGGUCUUGUGGACAACGCUCUCGUGUACAUUUCAGGAUUUGUUGUGCGACGGACGGUGAAGAAGCUGUCCUGUGAUGUCUGCCGUGCCAGCCUGGUGACGGACGCUGCAUCUGCCAGUAAGGACAAGAGCUACCACCUGCUGACUCUAAGAAACAAUGGAGGCCUGGUGAUUCCGUCUGAAGGCACGGUGAGGGUCGUCAGGGCAGCAGAGUGGGUCAUUCGCCAGGCAUCAGCAGAUUCCAGACGAUCACAGCCCAUCAAACUGCUAGAGGUCCUCUACAUUGUGCGGAAGAGGAUAGGUUCAGAGGAUGUGUUUUUGCUCGGGGAGCACAUCGGCGACACACAGUAUGGCAUUGACAGUCACCACCAUACGCUGGUAACAUUAGUUGUGUCCCUGUUUUUCAAGCUAAGGCUGCACCACAUUGCAAAAAUCAAUACUCUGAGCUUACAGAGUGGCAACAUGAGACAGAAGCUCACCAAAGCAGUCCUUUUCAAAGGGCAUUAGCUCCAACUGUGUGUGCACCGUGUGUCUUAUUGGUUUUGUGUUGUACUGUAUUGUAUUGUGUGCAGCUGGUCCUUGUCUCCAAGACAAAAUAAAAUAACCUUGAACCUUGAAGCCCCAUCUCUCCC